AUGGAGAAAGUGAGCAAGACAGGCCCUAAGAAAUUCCGCGAGGCUCUCAAGAAAGGAAAAUGCCUGAUUGGACCUGGGGUCUUUGACGGCAUCUCCACACGAGUCGCUUCAACUGUCGGGUUUGAUUUCUUGUACCUGGCAGGUUCAGGAGCGACCGGAUCUCGAGUAGGAGAGCCAGACUUGUCCGUCAUGACACAGACCGAGUUCGCCGACAUUGCUGGAAUGAUGGUGCAGCACACCAACUUACCUGUCAUUGCCGAUGCAGACACUGGAUUUGGAGGCCCUCUCAACAUCAGGCGCACAGUGCAGCUCUAUGAGCACGCUGGUGUCGCUGGACUGCACAUCGAAGACCAAGUGUUCCCGAAACGAUGCGGACAGCUGAAGGGCAAGGAUGUCGUCGAUCUGCAGGUCUACCUUGAGCGAGUCAGAAGUGCCGUCGAAGCCCGGACUGAUCCAGACUUCGUCAUCAUCGCGCGCACUGAUGCACGACAGGCGAAGCAUCUGGGCGGCAGCGAAGCCGGCGAGAAGGCAUUCCACGAGGGCGUGAAGAGACUCAAGGCUGCGCUUGAUGCCGGAGCUGACAUGGCAUUCAUGGAGAGCCCGCGCACCGAGGAAGAGUGCAAGGAGCUGGUUAAGGCAUGCGCUCCUAAGCCAGUGCUGAUCAAUGUCUUGCCUCAUGGACUCACGCCCGACUUCAGUACUUCGGACUGCGAGCGUCUAGGAUUUGCCGCUGCCAUUUACCCUUGCACCGGCUUCAUCCCGGCCAUGCUCGCCAUGCAGAAGUCUUACGAAGGUCUGAAGAAGGGGGGCUCCGACCUCAAAUAUUGCGAGGGUAAAACUAUCAAGGACUUCUUCGAUCAAGUCGGUCUCGCAGAUGAUUUCGACUUCGAUAACCGGAUCGAGGAAUUUUCCAAGAAGGAAGUGGAGCACACAAGUCAACAGGACGAGAGUUGAAACUUUUGCGACUCGAACUACCUCAGUUGUUUUUUCCAUCUGGAUAGGGGCUGGGUUGCUGAAGAGAGGCGGAAUCAUCUCCAGGUCGACAGUGAGAGAGUGGUCCUUGGGAUACGGUUAGUGCUGUGCUUCGGUUCGUAAUAGGAGCUUUCCUCAAUAAAUCCGUGAUUGUU